CCCAGCUCACCAGAAUUCAGAUUCAGAUAUUUGCCAUGCAGUCCUCAUAUAUUCUUGGCCUAACGCGUCAUGUCGCUGCGAACUCCCGUGGAAACAUCUUCCAGCCGUCCUUGAGCAACAAGCUCUACCACGCCAAGCCUCUGUCCUCCAGCCCGUGUCUACGUUGGAACGUAUCGCAAUCACGAAGGCAAAUUUCUGUUGAUAUAUACCCAAGACCACCGGCAAGAAAUACCCGGUCCCUACUGUAUAAAGCCGCGGGAGUAGCAGGAGUAGGCAUUGGUGUCUCCCUUUUCGCAGCUCCUACAGUGUUCUGUGAACCCGCUGUCGCUAGGGCUUCUCCCACAACGCUUUCGCAACCCAGCGGUGCUGCACCAUUCCAGUCCGCGGAAGCCGCUCCGCCCCCUCCAUCGUCAAACGUUCACUACCUGGAGCUCACCUUCGGGACGGUGACUGGAAUAUGCGCCGGAGUAUUCGUGAAGAAGGGUGCCAAGGCCGUCGCCUUCGUACUGGGCGGCGUAUUUGUCCUGUUGCAGUACCUUGGUUCUCUCUCUCUGGUUCGGGUUGACUGGUCGCGAGCGUCGACGCGCUUUGAGAAUCUUUUCUAUACCAAGGAUGCGGCUGGCAGGACGAAGGCUCCCAACGUUGGCUCGUUCUUCCGAUGGGUCAUUGACUUCUUGACCUCGGACUUCCAACAAAGAGCAUCAUUCGUUGCUGGAUUCGCGUUAGGAUUGAGAAUUGGCUAAGAAAGAUAGCCCCCAAUUGUUCACAGGUUGAUGAAAUAUGUCGUUGAACUGUCGUCUUCAUCAAAGUUUUAGAAAGGGUUAGGA